AUGGGUCUCGCUGGUGCCAAGAACAAGCGGAAACUCGGCAAUGACCCGAACAAUACCAAAUGGUCGCGCAAUACCGACACGUUUGGCCAGAAAAUCUUGAGGGCUCAGGGGUGGCAGCCAGGCGAGUAUCUUGGUGCGAAGGACGCUGCGCAUGCGGAAUGGCACACCGAAGCCAACACGACGCACAUCAGGGUCACCCUCAAAGACGACACUCUUGGCCUCGGCGCCAAGCGGAAUAAUGGCGACGAAUGCACCGGCCUCGAUGCGUUCCAGCACCUUCUUGGUCGUCUGAAUGGCAAGAGCGACGAGGCGCUGGAGGCAGAACAGAAGGUCCGGAACGAUGUGAAACUCAGUCUGUACAUACAGAAGAAGUUCGGCAUGAUGCGGUUCGUUAAAGGCGGGUGGUUGGUUGGCGACCAGGUUAAGCAAACGCCCGACGAGGAGGCAGAGGAGAUUCCUGAUUCUACAGAAACGAGCGAGGCGCCAGAGCCUGCCGCGGUGGAAUCCAAAAAGCGCAAGGCCGACCGAAGGUCCGAUAAAGAAGACGACAAGUUGGGCAAGAAGGAAAAAAAGUCGAAGAAGAGGAAAGCAGGGUCCGAGGGCGAUGUGGGCGGCGAAGGUGGACAAAAGGAAAAGGACAAGAAAUCGAAGAGGAGGAAGACCGAGUCGGAUGAAUGCGAGGAACCGGCUGUGACGCCGAAGACUGCCGAGUCUCUGGAUGAGGCCAGCGGUGCUUCCGAGGCUGGGAACACAAAAAAUGAGAAAAAGGACAAGAAAAGGGACAAGAAGGAGAAGAAAGAAAGGAGAGAUAAAAAAGAAAAGAAGGAGAAGCGUCGGAUUGAGAAAGCAGCCGCAGAAUCGGGAGCCGAGACAGGCGACAGUAUAUCUGAAGAGAAGAAGCGAAAGAAAAAGGAGGCUACUUCGGAGCCGUCUUCAGCGCCCACACCCACAGACAGCAAUUCUUCUACGCCGACUGGCAGCGGCUACUCGACCCCUAUCCCCACGGGCUCGAGCAGGUACCUGGCAAGAUCGAGGUUCAUCGCCCAAAAAAAGAUGGCAUUUGCAGACAGCGCAGCGCUCAAUCAGCACCACCAGGGACCUGGCCAUUUUACCAGCGGAGGUUCCCCUCUUCCCCGACCGAAUAACCCCGAACGACGCGCGCUCGAAGCCCCAUCCACCAUGUUCGGCUCUACACAGGGAUGA